UGUCGCCUCUUCCGAGUCAGGACGAGAGGGAUUUUAACUCGACUGGCCUUUCAGUUUGGUGCGUUGGCCGGGAAACCCGCGACUACCCCUCACACCCGAGAACCGACUUGGAGCUGCUGCAGACACUCUUCACAACCGAGGAGCGAGAGAGAAUUCUGUUAGAGGCUAAAAAAAAUGUUCCUGGGGCCGACGGGCGACCCACGCAGUUACAAAAUGAGAUUGACAUGGGAUUUCCCUUGACUCGCCCCGGUUGGGACUACAACACGGCUGAAGGUAGGGAGAGCUUGAAAAUCUAUCGCCAGGCUCUGGUGGCGGGUCUCCGGGGCGCCUCAAGACGGCCCACUAACUUGGCUAAGGUAAGAGAGGUGAUGCAGGGACCGAAUAAACCUCCCUCAGUUUUUCUUGAGAGGCUCAUGGAAGCCUUCAGGCGGUUCACCCCUUUUGAUCCUACCUCGGAGGCUCAGAAAGCCUCAGUGGCUCUGGCCUUCAUAGGACAGUCAGCCCUGGAUAUCAGAAAGAAACUUCAGAGACUGGAAGGGUUACAGGAGGCUAAGUUACGUGAUCUAGUGAAAGAGGCAGAGAAAGUGUAUUACAAAAGGGAGACAGAAGAAGAAAGGGAACAAAGAAAAGAGAGAGAAAGAGAAGAAAGGGAGGAAAGACGUAAUAAACGGCAAGAGAAAAAUUUGACUAAGAUCUUGGCUGCAGUGGUUAAAGGAAAAAGCAAUAGGGAAAGAGAGAGAGAUUUUAGAAAAAUUAGGUCAGGCCCUAGACAGUCAGGGAACCUGGGCAAUAGGACCCCACUCGACAAGGACCAAUGUACAUAUUGUAAAGAAAAAGGACACUGGACAAGGGACUGCCCCAAAAAGGGAAACAAAGGACUGAAGGUCUUAGCUCUGGAAGAAGAUAAAGACUAGAGAAGACGGGGUUCG